UCGUUGUCGUUCAUUCUGCGUUUUUCUAUCGUUGAGAAAAUGUCGCACUUAAACUUAUUACUCGUGUCAAUUUGUUCAAUUAUAGCUCAGUGUCAAGCCAUUCCAGAUGAACUUUCUGAGCGCCUUUUCGAAGCAAGUACACCAAAUAUUUUCGAAGACAUCACUGUUAAUCUUCAAGGAAGAACCAAUCAAUAUCUCACAGACGAUAACGCUCCAAAACCACUCUUUACGCACGUCAACAACACCGUGCUGUCCAAAGUUCCCACUAUUGUUAGAAUUCGGGAACUUUUCAAAAAAUACGAUCGAACCCAAUUCCUAAUUGAUAGAACGCCCAACGAUUUCGUGAAAGAAAAUAAUUUUCUAAACAAAAUUAUAGAUACACCAGUUAUGCAAAUCGCCAUGAAUUUUCUCCAUAAAGAAGGUAUUAUUCAAUCAAUGGACGCCAAGGAUCAGAGACAAUUAUUAAAAACAAUUUGGUUUAAAAAUUUUCCACGCGAACGGAAUGUGAUGUUUGCAAGUUGUGGUUUUAAGCAUGUUUUCAUGAAGGAAAUUGUGAAAAAGAACGAAAUCACUGGACUUCAUAAUUGGAUUUACUACUACGAUCAAGAAAGAGAUAGCCAAAAUGAAUUGGAUUACAAAGGAUACUUUAAAUCAAUAUCACUCGGAAAUAAAGCACAAAUUCUUAAAUAUCGUGUUCGUUAUAAGGAUGUCCCCAAACCAGUUAAUACAAUGUUUAUUGGCACGCUACCCGAAUUUGAAAUGGCAUUGUACACAGUUUGUCAUCAAUUGAAGAAAUUAUUUUGCGAUGUUUCACUGGCCGGACAGAAAUUUAGGAUCACUAUUCUUAGACACUAUAAGGAACAAACGAUUAUUUCCGCUUUUCCAGAUUUUUAGAGAACACAAAAAUAAAUCUAAUCAUAAAUAACAAAAAAUUUAUAAAAAAAACAUGA